AUGCUCAUUGAUUUGAAAGCUGCCUUAUACAAGAGGAACGAGGAUCAAGAAAAGGCUGCUCUCCUCGAGUUGAAAGAAUUGAUUGAUUCCAAGGAUUUCAAGUCGGCGCUUCAGAGUCGUUUAACAGCCUGUCUCCUGUCGCCAAACAUUACCGCUUAUGUCACCGACACACACACAAACACCAUGGAGUUUAUCAAGAAUCAUCGUGAAGUGUUCAAAUUGCCGGCUGCGCUGAUUCAAGAUGUCGAGCUUUUGGCACAGCUCUUGAAGAUCGUCAGUGAAUUGCUCUCGUCUAUUCGUGGCAACCUCAAGGCCAAGUUGGUCGCAUUGAUCGCCAAAUGCAUGAGCAUUAUGGACACAACUAAGUCACUCGCUCAUGGAAUAAUUGAGGUGGAAGCUGUUAUCAAGUGUUUAACACGGGGUCUAGCGGCGCUGCUUGAGAAUCUUCUUGAUCAGAGUCGGCGACUACAAAGCUAUCCCACUCAAGGACCUUUACUCAAGCUCACUCAAACCUCUCUUCAUGCAGACCUCCGCACCAAAAUUGCAAUGGCACUCGAUUGCGAAGCAGACAUGGACGCAGACGAGGAAUGA